CAGAGCGGCGCGCGAGUCCAGCAGAUCGUAGCAGACGCGCGCAGCGGAGCCGCGGUCCUGCUGGAGGCGCGUCCGUGUGCGCAUCCCCGAGCCGCAGCGCGCAGAUAGACAUGGCAUCUGGCCGUUAAGCGUCGGGACGAGUGUGAAACGGGGCGCACCGGCCACCAUGGAGCGCGUCUAAGGCGGGCACGAGAAGGACGGACGGACGGACAGACGGACCCCCCGGAGUGUUUCCCGUAGCGCCGCGCGCUCCUUCGCUCUGCGGUCCCCGCUUCACUUGUAAAAAGCGGUUUUUCUCCUUUCACUUUGUUUUGGGCUUUUUUUGGUGAGAACCGUCUCGGGUUCGAACGGUCGCCAUGGAGCCCAGGGAGACGCGCCUCCUGUCGGGAUGCUUCCGACUGCUGAUGCUGCUCACCGCCGGGAUGCUGCUGAUGUACAGCGCGCCCCUGGCUGCGCACGGAAGCGUCGUGCGGGACAACGUGACCGAAGUGGACCGUGGUCUGAACUCGUCCUCAGGCCUUGCUGGCGAUGGGGGACAGGGUCACCCGGUGCUCAACGCCACACGCUCGGUCCCCCUGCCCCGGGGCAGCGAGGAGCUGGGCAGCGGCAUGCUGGGAGAGGGCGUGGAUGUGUCCUCGUCCCCCGGGGACCGCGGGGUGGAGACGAGCACAGCCAUCAGCCAGGACUCGGCGGAGAAGGACGACCUGCUGGAGGUGACGGCGGCCAACCUGCCGACGCUUCCCCCGCCACGCGCCGGAGGCGGAGCCCAGGUCCUCCUGGACUUCAGAGAUGACGAGGAGCCGCAGAAGCCGUCGCGAACGCACCCCCCGUGGCGCCCCACCCUGCCCGGCCUGUGGGAGGUCGUGUUCGACAUGGACGUGGAGCCGCCCACCCCGACCCCCGCGCAGUUGCCCGCCGAGCCCGACGUCGUCACCGUGGACUUCCGGCGCCACGACCUGAAGCUGACCUCCCUGGAACCCACGGCCAACGAGCUGCAGGCCGCCAACCCCACGGCCUGGGUGGUGCCCGACGCGUACGACUACCUCACGCCUUUCGGGGGCAGCGUCGCCACGGAAACGUACACGGAGGAGGAGAGCAGCCCGGCCCCCACCGCCGAGGACCAGGACGUCAUGCGGCUGACCACGACCCCGCCCUCCCGGCCUUUUGACCCCCGCACCCUGGGCACCACCCUGCUGGGCGGGGAAGAUGAAGACGAGGAGCCGCCCCCGGCCCCGGGAGUGGUGGACGCCUCCAACGGCUCGGACUGCCGCCCGGGAUACGUGCGCCACAACACGAGCUGCAGGUCCCUCUGCGACUUCUUCCCCAGCUACUGCUUCAACGGGGGGCAGUGCUACCUGGUCGAGGGGACGGGGGUCUUCUGCAGGUGUAGCGUACAGGACUACAUCUGGCACAAAGGUUCCCGGUGCGAGUCGGUCAUCACCGAGUUCCAGGUCAUGUGUAUCGCGGUGGGCGCCGCCGCGCUCAUGGUGCUGCUGCUCUUCAUGGUCACCGUGUGUUUCGCCAAGAAGCUGCACCUGCUCAAGACGGAGAACCGCAAACUGCGCAAGCGCAGCAGCAGUAAGUACCGUCCCUCAUCGGCGGAGCAGCCCAAUGACAAUUUCUCGCUGUCCACCAUCGCUGAGGGCUCGCACCCAAACGUAAGGACACUGUGCGGCACGCCCCCCCACCCUCCUCAUGCCCACGCUUUGGCUUACUAUGAUAACAUUAUCUGUCAGGACGAUCCUAACGCCCAGAACAAGCUGGAGGAGCCCGUGAAGCCCCCGGCGCCCAAGGAGGACGAGGCCCUCAACAUCCAGAACUCGCUCACCCCCAAGCACGAGAACAACAAGGUGGGCGCCGACGACAACUCCUCGGAGGUAAACUCGCUGCAGAACAAUAUGAUGUAGUGCCACAGACGGCCACACGCCGGCGCCAGCACCCCCCCCCCCCCGCCACGACCGCCACCGCCCCUCGUCACCGCCGCCAUCGCCGACGCCACCUCCACGCCACGACAGAAACUCCCGACAGCCCCUCCCCCUGCGCCCGCUCACGCCCCGCCCCCAAGUUGUUGCUCCGCCCCCUGUAGUCUAGCCCUCACCCGUUGCCCCCGCCGUCCCGAGAAAUGGCAUGCGUUGGUGUACUUUGUAAAAAAGAAAAAGAUUUAUGAAAAAAAUAUGUUACAGCCACAAAAAAGCUACUGAGAGGUUUUUGAUGUUUGUCGACUAAUUCAGUGAGUCUGUAUAAAUAUUGAAAAAUGCUCGGAUCGAUAUGGAAAAAAGUUUAUGAUGUGUCUCCGUUUUCAUUGAUGUGAUUUCUAAUCCUUUGCUGUAUUUGGAUUUUUUUUGUACUUUUUGGGUAUACAGAUGACAAACAGAAACAAAAUCUGACAGUUGUUGAAAUAAAACUUUUUAACAUUAAAGACACGGACCCUGUGUGUUCCUGUUGACGCUGACCCCCCCUUUCCCCCCCGCACUCUGCG